CCGCCUCUUUUCUCUGCAUGCCCUUUAACCUUCCUGCCUUGGCACAGUAUAUAUAGUCUGUGUGACUAUCAGAGUUCUCCUGGCAGCCAUCAUGAAGGGUGCAGUCUUGAUCUGCUGUUUCCUCUCCCUGCUGCAUUUGCAGGCCACAGCAGAAGAAGAAGAAGAAAAAGAUUUCAUCUCCGUCCUCAGGGACAGAUCUCACAUCGACGAAACGCUGCGGCUUGCAACUGAGGAAAAAGCCGGAGACUAUGCAGCGGCUAUAGAGAGGUUGCGGAAGAUCUACCACACAUCCAUCAAGCCGAUGGAGCAGGCCUACAAGUACAAUGAGCUGAGGCAGCACGAGAUCUCAGCCUACCCCGGACGAACCCUGGGGAACUCAGCCACAGAUGGAGAGAUUACCUCCAAGCCCAUGGUGCUGUUCCUGGGACCCUGGAGUGUAGGAAAGUCCUCAAUGAUCAAUUACCUCCUAGGCAUGCACGACAGCCCCUAUCAGCUCUACACAGGAGCUGAGCCUACUACCUCUGAGUUCACUGUAAUUAUGCACGGAGAGAAGAUCCGCUCUGUUGAGGGUAUUGUUAUGGCAGCAGACAGCUCUCGGUCCUUCUCUCCUUUGGAGAAGUUUGGACAAAACUUCCUUGAAAAGCUGGUCGGUAUUGAGAUGCCCCACAAGCUGCUGGAACGUGUGACUUUUGUGGACACACCAGGAAUCAUUGAGAACCGGAAGCAACAGGAGAGAGGCUAUCCCUUCAAUGAUGUUUGCCAGUGGUUCAUUGAUCGUGCUGACCUGAUCUUCGUGGUGUUUGACCCCACCAAGCUGGACGUUGGCCUUGAGCUGGAGAUGCUCUUCCGGCAGUUGAAGGGUCGCGAAUCCCAGAUCCGCAUCAUCCUAAACAAGGCUGACAACCUGGCCACCCAGGACUUAAUGAGAGUCUAUGGAGCACUCUUUUGGAGCUUAGCACCCCUCAUCAAUGUCACUGAACCCCCCCGUGUCUACGUCAGUUCUUUCUGGCCAUAUGACUAUGCACCUGAUACCAGCCGGGAGCUCUUCAAGCGAGAGGAGAUCUCCCUCCUGGAAGAUCUGAACCAGGUGAUUGAAAACCGCAUGGAGAACAAAAUUGCCUUCAUCCGCCAACAUGGCAUCCGUGUGCGCAUCCAUGGCCUGCUGGUAGACCGCUAUGUCCAGACCUUUAAAGAGAAGAUGAGCUUCUUCAGUGACCCUGAACUAGUCUUCAAGGAGAUUGUGGACGACCCAGACAAGUUCUAUAUUUUCAAAUCCAUCCUAGCCAAGACCAACGUCAGCAAGUUUGACCUGCCCAAUCGCGAUGCUUACCGUGACUUCUUUGGAGUCAACCCGGUCACCAACUUCAAGCCCCUGACGGCUCAGUGCUCCUACAUGGGAGGUUGUCUGUUGGAUAAGAUUGAGAGGGCAAUCACCAAUGAGCUGCCCGCCCUUCUGAGCAGCAUUAACUCUGGCAAGCAGCCUGGCCUGUCCUCCUGUGAGGCUACUGGCUGUGGUGAGAAGCCAAAGAAUCGCUACCGGAAGAACUGAGGAAAACAAAAUAACUUGAGUGGGGGAAGUAAGAAGAGAAGGCCAAGCCAACCCUGAUUUUUGUCAGAAUGCCUGUAUUAUUGAAGAGACAGAGGAGAUUAGUGUUUGUUUUUUUCCUCAGGAGAAUAUGUGGAGGUGCAUUUAGGGACUGUGGGAAUGAGGCAGAUAGAGGGAGGGAAGGGUCAUUGUAUGAUAAGGCAGCUUAAGGACACAAGUGCUAAAGAAAUGAAAACAUGCCACUGAUCACUAAGUUUUGUUAGUGUUUGUCUGGGAUUUUGGGGAUGGGGACGUAAUGAUGUGAAGAAACACAAAAAUAAAAUUUAAAAAAAAGUAAGAUCAAAUAAAAAUUGAAAAUCUGAGACUGAAAACAGUCAAAACCCAGCUCCCUUGUAUGUGAAUAAAAUGGGAAAAAGUGGAAACAGGAGUUGAAAAUUUGUGUUGUAAAAUCUUGAGAAUUGCAUUGCAGAAAGUCUAUUCCAUAAGCUUCAGAAGCUGAUUUUGAAGUAGCCUUUGUGUUUCUCAUCCAAACCUUUGUUUUUGACAUAGAUUAACAUUACAUUGCAUGUUAGAUCAUAUUUAACAGAUGCAUGCAUUUCCUGCUAACAUAACGUUUAAGUAACUGAAACCUGAACCAACCCUGCCAUGCAACAAGUAAGGCAUUUUUUUCUAUUCAUUUUAUACGCUCAUCAGUCCUGGUUGUUGACAACCUGUGAAAUGAGCACUGUGAUGGAAGCAGAGGUCAGGGUUCAAGGGUCAGAGUCUUCAGAGCGGUAUGGGUUCAUUCUGCUUCACUUCUUAACUGUUCUUACUGUUUCUGUUUGCGUCUAUACAUUCUUUGGCAGAAGUUCAAUACUGUGUUAUGAUUGUUUUUUCUUGAACAAUAAGCUUCCCAGCAUUUUUAGCUGAAUGACCAUUAGAAAACACAUGAAGGAUGUGUUUGGAUUAUAGCUGUCUUUAGCCAUUUCUUCUGCAGGAUAGAAAGCUAUAUAUUGAUUUUUCUGUGUAAACUUUCCAAAUGGGCAUAGGCUAUAUGUGACACCCCUGCUAUACAAUUUUACAAACUACCACUACAAGAUUGUGAUAGUGGAUUUCUGUGAUAGGCAAUUUCCUAGCUUGCAAAAAGCAGGCUGGAGGUAAAGGUAAAGUGGAGGACUCAUGAGUUGACCCCUGACCUCUGUGGAAAGACGGAAGACCCUAACCUUCACACCCACAACGGUUUUGCAGUGAUACAUGUCGUAGCUGCAGAUUCUUAUGUUAGCCUACCUCAAUGAAUUUACCAUGAGUAUUGCGUGGUGAAAUUGCUUUAAAUAGUUUGACAUUUUGGGAAAUACACUUAUUCGACACCCUAUUUCUUGUCUGUGCGCAGUAACUUCCUGGAUGCUUGCAAGAAACCUUUUAUAUAUUCAUUGUAUCAUGGGUUGCUAGGCAACCAGCGGACACUCAAGGGAGUUAACGUUACUGUGCCUAGCUAAGAAAUAGUCCGAGCACUGGAACAUAAACUCUCCUAAAAACUGCAACGUUGCGGUUUUUGUAAGGAUUGAGCAAACGACAUAACGUUAAAUAUAGUGUGUUAAUAUGGGGUUCCGGAAGUGCAGGUAGGCGGACUUGUUUUACCUUUGUUCAAGGCUAUCUUCCCUCCAGUUACCAGUCUUAGGCUAAGCUAACCAUCUGCUUGCUCCAGCUUGCUAGGCUACAGCCUGUAACAACAUAUUCACAGUGCUGUACAGACAUUAAAGUGGUAUCAAUUUACCAACAUGUCAAACUACUGCUUUAAUAACAGAGUCCUAAAUCAUCGAAUGAUACAUAAUUAUAGUAGUAACUAGACUUCCAAAAAGUUAACUCAUGGACAAAUGCAAUUCCAGUUCCCAAUGUGUAGCUACUCCCUCACUAACCCCAUUGUGAAGUGUUUUACAACUAAAAUCUGUAGCAUCAUGAAAAA